AUGCCAGAUCUUUCACACUAUACUAAGCUUCUUUUGAAGUCCCCUCCGCAAUUGAGUCCGCAGGAUCUUCAUGCUGCCAUCAUUUUAAUCAUUGAGGAGUUGGCGUCCGAUUCCAACAACAGCCUUGAGAUUUACGUACCGAUUGCCAGUUUUUUGACGAGCCUGAGGACCACAGGUCUCGAUCUGAAAGCUGAGUAUAUCGCACAAGCAGCAGAAGCAGUUUUGCAAUAUUCCAAUGUAGUAAAAUUGGCUCCUCCACCAAGUACGUCCAACGUCACUACCAUCGAUAUUGUGGGCACAGGAGGUGACGGCCAAAACACUUUCAACGUUUCUACCUCGUCUGCGAUUGUUGCCUCCGGAGUUCCGGGCAUUAAAGUGUGCAAACACGGCGGGAAAGCGUCCACAUCCAAUAGUGGCGCUGGGGAUCUGAUCGGAGUUCUAGGGUGCGAUUCUUCCAAAAUAACCAGCCAAACCGUACCGCGGUUAUGGGACGACAACUCUUUCCUGUUUCUGCUGGCGCCGUUUUUCCAUAAUGGCAUGAAACAUGUGGCUCUGCUGCGCAAACUUCUCAAAAUACCCACUAUUUUCAACGUUCUGGGACCCAUGUUGCAUCCUGUUGGCUGCGUUCAGAAGCGGGUUCUAGGCGUAUAUUCUGAAAGUCUUGGUUUGGAGUACGCUCGUGCUGCGGCCAUGGUGUAUCCGGAAAGCGAAGCUUUCGUUGUCUGGGGUCAUGUGGGUCUUGACGAAGUCUCCCCCAUUGGUAAGACUACUGUAUGGCACACCAAACCAGGAAAUGGAGUGCAAAUUGAAUCUUUCGAAAUAGAACCGUCUAUGUUUGGUCUGCAAGAGCAUCCACUAAGUGAAUGUGCCUCCUUGGGUCCCCAAGAAAACGCUGAAAUCCUCAAUACAAUACUCGACGGCAAGUAUAGUAGCGGUGAAAACGCUAUCUACGAUUACAUUUUACUGAAUACGGCAGUGCUAUAUUGCUUGUGCAAUGGGCAUAAGGACUGGGUUUUGGGCGUGAAGGAGGCUGAAGAUGCCAUUCAUUCCGGUAGAGCCAAAGAAUCGCUCCGCAAGUUUGUCUCGGACACCAAAGCUCUUUGA